AUGCUCUCAUUCCCUCUAACCCACUCUCAUACGCUCUCAUUUCCUCUCACCCACUCUCAAACGCUCUCAUUCCCUCUCACCCACUCUCAUACGCUCUCAUUCCCUCUUACCAACUCUCAUACGCUCUCAUUCCAUCUCACCCACUCUCUCACGCUCUCAUUCCUUCUCACCCACUCUCAUACGCUCUCAUGCCCUCUCACCCACUCUCAUACGCUCUCAUUCCCUCUCACCCACUCUCAUACGCUCUCAUUCCCUCUCACCCACUCUCUCACGCUCUCAUUCCCUCUCACCCACUCUCAUACGCUCUCAUUCCCUCUAACCCACUCUCAUACGCUCUCAUUCCCUCUCAUCCACUCUCAUACGCUCUCAUUCCCUCUCAACCACUCUCAUACGCUCUCAUGCCCUCUCACCCACUCUCAUACGCUCUCAUUUCCUCUCAUCCACUCUCAUACCCUCUCAUUCCCUCUCACCCACUCUCUCACGCUCUCAUUCCCUCUCACCCACUCUCUCACGCUCUCAUUCCCUCUGACCAACUGUCAUACCCUCUCUUUCCCUCUCACCCACUCUCUUUCGCUCUCAUUCCCUCUCACCCACUCUCAUACGCUCUCAUUCUCUCCCACCCACACUCAUACGCUCUCAUUCCCUCUCACCCACUCUCAUACCCUCUCAUUCCCUCUCACCCACUCUCUUACGCUUUUUUUCCCUCUCACUCACUCUCAUACACUCUCAUUCCCUCUGACCCCCUCUCAUACGCUCUUAUUCCCUCUCACCCACACUCAUACGCUCUCAUUCCCUCUCGCCCACUCUCAUACGCUCUCAUUCCCUCUCACCCACUCUCAUACGCUCUCAUUCCCUCUCACCCACUCUCAUACGCUCUCAUUCCCUCUCACCCACUCUCAUGCCCUCUCAUUCUCCCUCACGCACUCUCAUACGCUCUCAUUCCCUCUCACCCACUCUCAUACGCUCUUAUUCCUUCUCACCCACUCUCAUAUGCUCUCAUUCCCUCUAACCCACUCUCAUACGCUCUCAUUCCCUCUCACCCACCAUCAAACGCUCUCAUUCCCUCUCACCCACUCUCAUACGCUCUCAUUCCCUCUCACCCACUCUCAUACGCUCUCAUUCCCUCUCACCCACUCUCAUACGCUCUCAUUCCCUCUCACCCACUCCCAUACGCUCUCAUUCCCUCUCACCCACUCUCAUACGCUCUCAUUCCCUCCCACCCACACUCAUACGCUCUCAUUCCCUCUCACCCACUCUCAUACCCUCUCAUUCCCUCUCACCCACUCUCAUACGCUCUCAUUCCCUCUCACCCACUCUCAUACGCUCUCAUUCCCUCUCACCCACUCUCUCACGCUCUCAUUCCCUCUCACCCACUCUCAUAUCCUCUCAUUCCCUCUCACCCACUCUUAUACUCUCUCAUUCCCUCUCAACCACUCUCAUACUCUCUCAUACGCUCUCAUCCACUCUCAUCCAAUCUCACCCGCUCUCAACCCCUCCCAUCCCCUCUCAUCCCCUCUCAUCCCCUCUCACACACUCUCAUUCCCUCUCACCCAAUCUCUCACGCUCUCAUUCCCUCUCACCCACUCUCUCACGCUCUCAUUCCCUCUCAUCCACUCUCAUACGCUCUCAUUCCGUCCCACCCACACUCAUACACUCUCAUUCCCUCUCACCCACUCUCAUACCCUCUCAUUCCCUCUCACCCACUCUCUUACGCUCUUAUUCCCUCUCACUCACUCUCAUGCACUCUCAUUCCCUCUGACCCACUCUCAUACGCUCUCAUUCCCUCUCACCCACACUCAUACGCUCUCAUUCCCUCUCGCCCACUCUCAUACGCUCUCAUUCCCUCUCACCCACUCUCAUACGCUCUCAUUCCCUCUCACCCACUCUCAUACGCUCUCAUUCCCUCUCACCCACUCUCAUAUGCUCUCAUUCCCUCUAACCCACUCUCAUACGCUCUCAUUCCCUCUCACCCACUCUCAAACGCUCUCAUUCCCUCUCACCCACUCUCAUACGCUCUCACUCCCUCUCACCCACUCUCAUACGCUCUCAUUCCCUCUCACCCACUCUCAUACGCUCUCAUUCCCUCUCACCCACUCUCAUACGCUCUCAUUCCCUCUCACCCACUUUUAUACGCUCUCAUUCCCUCCCACCCACAGUCAUACGCUCUCAUUCCCUCUAACCCACUCUCAUACCCUCUCAUUCCCUCUCACCCAUUCUCAGACGCUCUCAUUCCCUCUCACCCACUCUGAAACGCUCUCAUUCCCUCUCACCCACUCUCUCACGCUCUCAUUCCUUCUCACCCACUCUCAUACGCUCUCAUUCCCUCUCACCCACUCUCAUACGCUCUCAUUCCCUCUCACCCACUCUCAUACGCUCUCAUUCCCUCCCACCCACACUCAGACGCUCUCAUUCCCUCUCACCCACUCUCUCACGCUCUCAUUCCAUCUCACCCACUCUCAUACGCUCUCAUUCCCUCUAACCCACUCUCAUACGCUCUCAUUCCCUCUCACCCACUCUCAUACGCUCUCGUUCCCUCUCAACCACUCUCAUAUGCUCUCAUUCCCUCUCACCCACUCUCAUACUCUCUCAUUCCCUCUCAACCACUCUCAUUCUCUCUCAUACGCUCUCAUCCACUCUCAUCCAAUCUCAUCCGCUCUCAACCCCUCCCAUCCCCUCUCAUCCCCUCUCACACACUCUCAUUCCCUCUCACCCACUCUCUCAUGCUCUCAUUCCCUCUCACCCACUCUCUCACGCUCUAAUUCCCUCUCAACCACUGUCAUACACUCUCAUUCCCUCUCACCCACUCUCUUACGCUCUCAUUCCCUCUCAUCCACUCUCAUACGCUCUCAUUCCUCCCUCUCACCCACUCUCAUACGCUCUCAUUCCCUCCCACCCACACUCAGACGCUCUCAUUCCCUCUCACCCACUCUCUCACGCUCUCAUUCCCUCUCACCCACUCUCAUACGCUCUCAUUCCCUCUCACCCACUCUCAUACGCUCUCAUUCCCUCUCACCUACUCUCAUACGCUCUCAUUCCCUCUCAACCACUCUCAUACGCUCUCAUUCCCUCUCACCCACUCUCAUACUCUCUCAUUCCCUCUCACCCACUCUCAUACGCUCUCAUUCCCUCUCACCCACUCUCAUACCCUCUCAAACUCUCCUCAUCCACUCUCUUACGCUCUCAUUCCCUCUCACCCACUCUCAUACACUCUCAUUCCCUCUAACCCAUUCUGAUACGCUCUCAUUCCCUCUCACCCACUCUCAUACGCUCUCAUUCCCUCUCGCCCAUUCUCAUACGCUCUCAUUCCCUCUCACCCACUCUUAUACGCUCUCAUUCCCUCUCACCCACUCUCAUACGCUCUCAUUCCCUCUCACCCACUCUCAUACGCUCUCAUUCCCUCUCACCCACUCUCAUACGCUCUCAUUCCCUCUCAACCACUCUCAUACGCUCUCAUUCCCUCUCACCCACUCUCAUACGCUCUCAUUUCCUCUCAUCCACUCUCAUACCCUCUCAUUCCCUCUCACCCACUCUCUCACGCUCUCGUUCCCUCUCACCCAAUCUCAUACGCUCUCCGUCCCUCUCACCCACUCUCAUACCCUCUCAUUCCCUCUCACCCAAUCUCAUACGCUCUCAUUCCCUCCCACCCACACUGAUACGCUCUCAUUCCCUCUCACCCACUCUCAUACCCUCUCAUUCCCUCUCACCCACUCUCUUACGCUCUCAUUCCCUCUCACCCACCCUCAUACACUCUCAUUCCCUCUAACCCAUUCUGAUACGCUCUCAUUCCCUCUCACCCACUCUCAUACGCUCUCAUUCCCUCUCGCCCACUCUCAUACGCUCUCAUUCCCUCUCACCCACUCUCAUACGCUCUCAUUCCCUCUCACCCACUCUCAUACGCUCUCAUUCCCUCUCACCCACUCUCAUACGCUCUCAUUCCCUCUCACCCACUCUCAUACGCUCUCAUUCCCUCUCACCCACUCUCUCACGCUCUCAUUCCCUCUCACCCACUCUCAUACGCUCUCAUUCCCUCUUACCCACUCUCAUACGCUCUCAUUCCCUCUCAUCCACUCUCAUACGCUCUCAUUCCCUCUCAACCACUCUCAUACGCUCUCAUGCCCUCUCACCCACUCUCAUACGCUCUCAUUUCCUCUCAUCCACUCUCAUACCCUCUCAUUCCCUCUCACCCACUCUCUCACGCUCUCAUUCCCUCUCACCCACUCUCUCACGCUCUCAUUCCCUCUGACCCACUGUCAUACCCUCUCUUUCUCUCUCACCCACUCUCUUUCGCUCUCAUUCCCUCUCACCCACUCUCAUACGCUCUCAUUCUCUCCCACCCACACUCAUACGCUCUCAUUCCCUCUCACCCACUCUCAUACCCUCUCAUUCCCUCUCACCCACUCUCUUACGCUUUUUUUCCCUCUCACUCACUCUCAUACACUCUCGUUCCCUCUGACCCCCUCUCAUACGCUCUCAUUCCCUCUCACCCACACUCAUACGCUCUCAUUCCCUCUCGCCCACUCUCAUACGCUCUCAUUCCCUCUCACCCACUCUCAUACGCUCUCAUUCCCUCUCACCCACUCUCAUAUGCUCUCAUUCCCUCUCACCCACUCUCAUGCCCUCUCAUUCUCCCUCACGCACUCUCAUACGCUCUCAUUCCCUCUCACCCACUCUCAUAUGCUCUCAUUCCCUCUAACCCACUCUCAUACGCUCUCAUUCCCUCUCACCCACUCUCAAACGCUCUCAUUCCCUCUCACCCACUCUCAUACGCUCUCAUUCCCUCUCACCCACUCUCAUACGCUCUCAUUCCCUCUCACCCACUCUCAUACGCUCUCAUUCCCUCUCACCCACUCCCAUACGCUCUCAUUCCCUCUCACCCACUCUCAUACGCUCUCAUUCCCUCCCACCCACACUCAUACGCUCUCAUUCCCUCUCACCCACUCUCAUACCCUCUCAUUCCCUCUCACCCACUCUCAUACGCUCUCAUUCCCUCUCACCCACUCUCAUACGCUCUCAUUCCCUCUCACCCACUCUCUCACGCUCUCAUUCCCUCUCACCCACUCUCAUACCCUCUCAUUCCCUCUCACCCACUCUCAUACUCUCUCAUUCCCUCUCAACCACUCUCAUACUCUCUCAUACGCUCUCAUCCACUCUCAUCCAAUCUCAUCCGCUCUCAACCCCUCCCAUCCCCUCUCAUCCCCUCUCAUCCCCUCUCACACACUCUCCUUCCCUCUCACCCACUCUCUCACGCUCUCAUUCCCUCUCACCCACUCUCUCACGCUCUCAUUCCCUCUCACCCACUGUCAUACACUCUCAUUCUCUCUCACCCACUCUCUUACGCUCUCAUUCCCUCUCAUCCACUCUCAUACGCUCUCAUUCCCUCUCACCCACACUCAUACGCUCUCAUUCCCUCUCGCCCACUCUCAUACGCUCUCAUUCCCUCUCACCCACUCUCAUACGCUCUCAUUCCCUCUCACCCACUCUCAUUGUUAG